CAAACUUCCCUUGCAUGCUAACCGCUCAGUUUUCACUCAGUUUUCGCGCUUAACGGUUCAGCCGGUAGCAAUAAAAUAUUAUUAUUAUAAGAUAAAAAAAAACUCAAAUAUCUCACUGAACUGUAGCUGUCUACUUUUAAUUUUUUUUUCUGUGUAGUGUAAAAGGAAAAAAAAAAAUACUUUGAAUGACAAAUAAGUUCAUAAAUGAGGCUGUGCAAUAAUAAAUAAUUCUGAAAAUAAAUAAAGGAAAUAUAAAAUCGGAACUUGUGAAUAAAAAUAAGCUUUCAACACUAAAUGAUGUAUGGUCACGAUAAUCCAACCUUUAUAGGUGACACAAUCUACACCGUUCCACCUGGUGAAUAUCGUCAAAAUAUUACACAGUUUUAUCCUGGAAAAUAUCAGCAAACAUUUCCGCCUGCUCAACCACCAACGCAACUUGAGGCUAAUGAGGGAGAAAAAACCGCAGACAAAAAGGAAAAGAAACCACCAAAGGAACGCGACAGCUGGGGAAAGGGUAUUGAAUUUCUCCUGUCAUGCAUUGCCAUGUCUGUGGGUUUGGGAAAUAUUUGGCGUUUCCCGUUCAUUGCUCUUGAAAAUGGAGGAGGUGCCUUUGUGAUUCCUUAUAUCAUCGUUCUGGUUCUCAUAGGAAAGCCUAUCUACUUUAUGGAGAUGGUAUUUGGACAAUUUUCAUCGAGAGGAAGUGUAAAAGUAUUUGAUUGUGUGCCAGCCAUGAGAGGUGUUGGAGUUGGUCAAAUUGUGUCUGUUGCAAUCGUUGCUACUUACUAUUCAUCACUUAUGGCACUCACAUUGAGCUAUUUUGCAAAUUCAUUUCGACAAAUUUUACCUUGGGGUAGUUGUAAGGAUGAAUGGAAUGUAACGUGUAUUCCAUCAGGAUAUCGAGAGGAUUCUAACAUGACAUGGACAAACAGUACGAAAUCAUCAGCUGAACUUUAUUUCCUGAAAGAUGUUUUACGUGCAAAGGACAGUAUUGAUGAUGGAAUUGGAGUUCCAAAUUGGACUCUUGUGACUUUUCUUGCAAUUUCAUGGGGAAUAGUAUUUUUAAUACUCAUCAAGGGUGUUAGAAGUUCAGGCAAAGCAUCAUAUGUGCUUGCUAUCUUUCCAUAUUUUGUGCUUAGUAUACUUUUUGUACGUGCAAUAACUCUCCCAGGAUCGAUGAAUGGCAUCAGAUACUUUUUAACUCCACAAUGGGAUAAAAUUCUUGACCCAAAAGUCUGGUACGCAGCUGUAACGCAAGUCUUCUUUUCAUUAUCUGUAUGCUUUGGUAACAUCAUUAUGUAUUCAUCGUAUAACAAAUUUGGCCACAAUGUUUAUCGUGAUUCAAAUAUUGUGACAACUAUAGACACAUUCACAUCUCUCCUAGCCGGAUGUUGUAUUUUUGGUAUACUCGGUCAUUUAGCACACGAACUUAAUGUAGAUGACAUAUCAACUGUCGUAAAAUCUGGUGCAGGAUUAGCCUUCAUUUCAUAUCCGGAUGCAAUUUCAAAAUUUAAAACUUUUCCACAAGUUUUUUCGGUUCUAUUCUUUAUGAUGCUGUAUUUGCUUGGCAUCGGAAGCAAUGUUGCAAUGGUUUCAAGCAUCAUGACAAUAAUACGUGACAGAUUUAAGAAAGUUAAGAACUGGCAUGCUGCGUUGGUUAUUUCUAUUCUUGGAACAAUACUCGGAUCAGUCUAUAUGACACCGGGUGGACAAUCAGUUUUAAAAUUAGUUGACUACUAUGGAGCUUCAUUCAUUGCAUUUGUUUUGGCUAUUGCUGAACUUUAUACAUUCUCGUACAUUUACGGAGUCGACAGAUUUUGCAACGACAUACAAUUCAUGUUGAAUUUCCGUCCGAAUUGGUAUUGGAGAACGUGCUGGCGCUACAUCACACCUGGAUUGAUGACUGUGAUUCUUGUGUACACGUUAUUGACACUUGAACCUCUCAAAGAUGGUGAUCGCGAUUACCCACAAAUUGCAUACGUGAUUGGCUGGUGUAUUUCAGCAUUAGGCUUAAUUCAGUUACCAAUAUUUGCAAUAUAUGCAAUAUGCAAACAAAAAGGCAAUACUUUAUGGGAUAAAAUCAAAGGAGCGUUUAAGCCAACAUCUAAUUGGGGACCUCGCGAUUCAGCACUGAAUGCCAAAUACAAAGAAUAUAUACGUACAAUAGAUUGAUCUCAACAUAUUAUUUUUAUCUCAUUAUAUUGCCUUAUUUUUAUGAAUAAUUCACGAGUGAUGAAUAAUUUUAGUUUUAUUGAAACAAAUGCCUACAAAUGUUUUUGACAUUCCAGUAAGAUGAUAAAAUAAAAAGUAUUAAAAAUUUAAAUUUUAAAGAA